AUGGACGGGGAAAGAAAGAUCAAUUGCGAAGGCGUGCCCUUGAAUUCGGCAGGUGCGGCGAACAUAUUUUUGAACACUGGUAAAAAUUCAAAAGUAAACGAUGGGACUGUCAUUCAUCUGAAAACAGAAAAGCCGGCAGACGUCGGCGUGCAUAUAAAUACGACACUCUCCAUAGCGUCUUCCAAGAAAAUUAAGCUCCUGUUCAUAUUGAACUUUUUACUUAGUGUAAUGUGUAUGAUAAUAAGUUGUUCCAUUGCUUUUUAUUAUUGGAACGAGAUGAUAUCUAUGAGAAAACAGCUGGAUGUGCUAAAGGACCAGUUUUUGAUACAAAAUGUGAGAGAUGGAUUGUUAUUGCGCCAAGAUAAGGCUGUGCAGAGCCCUUUGGUGUCCCAUUUGCGGCCUUCACGGGGCCCAGAAGCUAGAGAACCUAGAAUGGACCCAACCCUCAAAGAUGAGAUUUCACCAAAUGCUAGAAGGUACUAUGUUGAAGACCUCGGAGAGGAUAUGUUACUUAUAGAUUCUAGUAAAAAGGAUCCUAGUCAUGAAAAAAGUCAGUUAAGCGAUUUACCAAUUUUCCAAAAAGAGCCUCUAGUCGUUCAAUUUAAUGGUGAUAUGAAAGAAAUUAAUUUAGGAAUGCAAUCAAUAAUAGGCCCGUGGGCUCGCGAUAUGGACAUAUCUUCAAAGAACAGCGAAGCCAAAAUAGAGCUGAACAAAGACUAUUUCACUAUUAAGGAGACUGGGCUGUAUUUAGUCUACGCACAAGUGGUAUACUUAACCCACGCGCCAAACAGUUACUUCAUUUGGGCCCGGCAGCCCACCCGAAUCCCGCGCCUUUUAACAUCCUGCGCAACCGGCGACGACUCCAGUGCCAGGCCUCUGGACAAAUCGCAGAUAUCCUGUUCUAUCCAGACUGUCGCCAGACUGACCAAGGGCGAUACAGUCAAUAUCGCCCAAAGAGAACAGAAUCGGACGUUGUGGCUCCGACCAGGCUACACUUACAUUGGUUUUGUGAAGUUAAGUUCCUAG